AUGUCGUUUAGCAAUGUUUUCUCAGAAGACCUAGAGGCUGCAAGUGUCGUCUCCGCUCAUUACAAAGACUUUCCCGAAUUCGACUCCAUCUCCAAAUCCAUAGACUCCACACUCCAGGACAUCAAUCUGAAUCAGUUGGUUUCCAUCCGGAAUCUAGUCCGGGAAUACGAGAAUCUACGAGAAUCUGGAGAAGCACAAGGCGAAAAUGUGGGUGUUAUUAGCCGGAAAUAUGUGGGGCUCACUGGAAAAUGUACCGAGGCGUUCAAGAGUAUAAAUCAAUUGACACAAAGGCUUAACUCUUAUUUAAAUGAAUGCGAGGCAAAUCAUGAGGAUGAAGACACUUUGAGGUACUUGAGACAAAAGGAGGCGCUUUCCCUCAAUUUAGUCAAAAACAGUUUGCGCCAAUUUCAAAGCUGCCAGCGUAAGUUCAAAGCUUUUGAAACUGAGGUUGUCGAAACCGGUCAUGCUGCGGUUGCUGCUACUGACUCGUCUCUGGCCGGCCAGAUUCAGCAUGGAACAGAUCAGAAUCAGGUGCAAAUCACGUAUGAACCCAUCAAUGCGGAGGAACUUGAACAGCAAUCGUUGAUGGUGGAAGAGAGAGAAAGAGAGAUUCAGCAAAUUUCGCAGGAUACUCGUGAAAUCAAUGAGAUCUUCCUGAACUUGCAGGAUAUCGUACAGGAACAACAAUUCCAAGUCGAUACUAUUGAAGACAAUAUCCUCAGUUAUAGUGCUGAUGCCCGAGGCGCUUCCAGAGAACUACGUCGUGCGGAGCGUUAUCAGAGACGCUCGGGUGGUAGAAUGCUCUGUUGUCUUCUCAUUUUAAUUGGUGUCUUUGGGUCGGUGAUACUAAUCGGACUCAUUUUCUGA